UCAUUUCAUCCUAACCCGUCAAAGCAGCAACACAGCAGCCAGUAGCGUUGUGCGGCAAAGUGCAAGACUCAGCCCCAAACAAACAUUUGAAAAGAGAAAGUGCGUUUUGUGUGCGGUACAAAAGCCAAAAAAAGUGUUCAGCCCUUUAAGGACUAUACAAUACAACAAGUGUAACACAACAAACUACAACAAAACAACAACCAUUAAAAUGGCAAACAAUAAAGUUAUUUUCGGUGUCUUGUGUUUGGUCACACUGACCGCUGCUCUCCCCGCCGAGGAAACACGCGGCCAUGCCCGUAACGCCAUCGGCGCCGAGAACGACAUUAUGGAUAGCAUCUACAGCGAUUGCCUGCGCAAGGAUUCAGUAUCGUGCGUCAAGUACAAGCUGUUCAACUUCGUCGACAAGGUGCUGGGCGCCCGCGACCAAUUCUCGUUGACCGAAGGCGUCACCGUGGUGCGCUCAUCGGAUGCGCCCGCUCCUGAGGCAGCUCGCUCCAUCUCCGGCGACGAAUCGUUCGAGUCUCUGGCACUCAACCGCAUCAGCAGCUUCCUUAACUCGCACACCAUCAAGGUGGAACUGAAGGGUGCUGAUAUCGUCCAAGCCGUUAGCUCCACUGGCCGCGCCCUCGAGGAUGCCUCUGAGUCACUGUUCGGCAGCAACGAUCCCAAUGCCCCCGAGGAGAGCCGUGGUAAGAAGAAGAAGGCCGCCAAAAUCUUGGGCCCCAUUCUCGCUCUUGUUGCCCUGAAGGCCGCCGCUCUGUUGCCCCUGCUCUUGGGUGCCAUCGCCCUGAUUGCUGGCAAGGCUCUGUUGAUCGGUAAGAUUGCUCUGGUGCUGUCGGCCGUCAUCGGCCUGAAGAAGCUGUUGUCGCAGGAGAAGCACGUCACCUACGAAGUGGUCGCCCAUCCCCAUCACAGCAGCAGCCACUCGGUCAGCCACGACUCAUAUGGCAGCGGAUACAGUGCCGAUGCUGGUGCUUCGUCUGCCUCAUACGGCAGCAGCGGUCAUGGUGGCUGGGGACGUUCCAUCGAUGCCCAAGAUCUGGCCUACGGUGCCCAGAAGCCUCAGGCUUAAGCGAGAGUAAACACACAGUCAACAACCACUCAAACAAACCACAAGAACCACACGAACCAACUGACUCGAGCUUUACUCAAGCUCACACUGAACAGAGACUCUUGAAGAGGAACAACAAAAACCACAACAACACAUAUUACUUAUCGUUCGUUUUAAUUAUUUAUUAAUAUAAUUUAUUUUAUUUAUUUUUCCACACGAAUAAGAAAAACGCACACAAGAAAAAGGAAGAAACUAUGCGAAAAUGCAAAACAAAAAACGAAAAAAAAAUACUUAAAAGUAGUUAAGCUAAAUGACAUCGUAGCGAAAAGAGAAGAAAAAAAUGCUAACAAAACUCCAGAGCCACAAUUAGGUUUGUAAUGCUGAGUGUGCGUGCAUUUAGUUGCAUACAUUAACCAUUAACAAUUAUAAGUUAAGUUUGUAAAAAAAAGCACAAAGCGAGAGUUAAAGUCGGUACCUUAUGCAAUGUUUCAAAUACUCAUAAGCCCAGGCGGCGACACUGAGCACACUGAGCGUCCAGUCCAGCUAGCCUUAGGUCUAAGCUCGCACAAGGACAUCCCCGAACGCUUCCCCGAACAAGCACACAUACAGACACACAGACACACAUUCAAUCAUCGCCCCCAUAAACACACAUAACACUGUAUCUAUCUAUCGCUGUUUCCUUCUAAUGCACAACAUACUCUCGUACUUACAUUCAUCACAGUCUCUGAGUCAUAAUACUCUAUUAUCUAUCCUGAACUGAUCUAUCUAUCGCUAUCGCUAUCACUGUCUACUAUCUCUACUUACUCUACCAUCUAUCAAUCUAGAGACUAUACCAAAACAUUGUUGGUUGCUAUGCAACUGUUUGCAACGUACAAAUGUUGAUCUAUCUUAUUAAUCUAUACACUCUAUCCUGUACUCUGUUGUACUCUUUACAUGCAAUUCUAGUCUUACAUUACAACAACAGCAACUAUAGCAACAUCAGCAAGCAAGCAUGCCUACUACUACUAGCUUUAACUACAACUAGCUCUAACUUCUAUCAGUAUCUCUUUCACACACACACACACAUACACAAUCUAAAUCUAAAUCUAUCUAAAAACUAUCUGUCUUUCGAGUCAUAGUUUUGGUCAUAUACUUACUAUACGCCAUAACUUGCCAUAGUUUUCCUGCCUUAUGCACACAAAACUGAACUGAACUCAGCUUAUGAACUAUAUUUUUCUUUUCCAAUUUCCAAACUUCAAGACAUCAACUUUCUCACAACUUCUUCUGACAUCUUCAUCUCACUCUCAUAUUUUUUAUUUUUCUCUAAAUCUCACUCUCUCUCUCUCUUCAUUUAUAUAUCUGUCUUUUUUCUCAUUUCUCUGCUACUAUUUCUGUCUAUCACUAUCUCACGCUCUCACCGUUUCAGCUGCUCUGUCUAUAUACAUCUGUCACUUUCUAACGCUCUACUUUCCAAAAACAAAAUACAAAAAGCACGCACGUACGUUCUCUGUAACCAUAGUUCACUGUAGGAUUUUUAUGUUUAUUACUCAUACAAUUGUAUUUAAUAUAUCAGCGACUUUGGUCGGCGCAUUGUUAUAGCAUUGUGCUUUAAACUUAUUUUUAAUCUAUUUAAAAAUAUUUGUUUAAAUCACUUUGGAAACUUCAAGUCGCCAGCUGGUGGUCAACAUUAAUUUAAAUACAUAUUUUAACAUAAGCAAAAUCGUACGGCACUUUCACAUUAAGAACUACAGCGAGAAGCAUAGAAGCUGCAGAUAUGGACAACUCACAGAAGAAACAAACAACAACAAAACAAACACAUAAAUCACAAUUCACACACAAAGAAUGUAAAUCUCUUUUAUACAGCAUAUUUUCUCUGUAAUAAAUGCAUGUCAUUAAAGAAUGAAGAAAAACAUUAAGUACAAAAAACGCUAAAAAAAAAAAUAAAUAAAAAAACUUAAAAAAUAAAAUGAAAAUAAAACAAGCAAGGAAGAUUAAUAAAUAAAAAAUCAAUGAAAAAUCAA